GUGCGCACGCGCCCCUGGACCUGGGCAAAGAGAGGUACCGCAGACCCAACCCGGGCAGUUGAGGUGUUGGCGCGCGCGAGUCCUGGAGAGAGCAAUUAACUGAGAAGGCUUGAAAGAGAGGCGUGACUGUUGGAUCUGUGGGCAAGAUGGAAUCUCCACAGGAGGUCGCAGAACCAGCAGGCUUCUGCUGCAGUCUGAAAUGCUUUGUGAAGCUGCUGCGGUUGGCGGUAAAUGUGGUAUCAACAAUCUUUUUCAUCAAGGCACAAGCCCCUGAACCGUACAUCGUUAUCAGUGCGUUUGAAGUCACCAUUAUUUUCUGUUUCAUAGUCUUGUACACGUGCAAACUCGACAGAGUACUGAGAGCUUUCUUUUGGCCUUUGUUUGAUGUUAUCAACUCAAUGGUAACAACAUUAUCCAUGCUUAUUGUGUCUGUGUUGGCUCUAAUACCAGAAACCUCAAAAAUGUCAAUCCUUGGAGGGAUAUCCCUGCUUCCAGUUGAGAGAACUCUGAUCCUGCGUUGAGGCUGGACCCGGACAGUGACGACCUGGCUGGACCGCUUGUACCAACUUGUUCUAGUGUUCUUGAAUGCCUUCGGCUCAGGCCAGUGACUCCUUCCAGCCCGUGGGAACUGCGUACAAUUAUUGCCAGCAUAUCCAGUAAAUGGAACGAAAGUCCCCGUUCUGCAUUUCUCUUUUCUCUAAGACAUGUUUCUUCCUGCUUGGUAUCCCUCCCCACAUCUAGUUUAUAACUUAAAACAGAUUAGGGCGGGGUAGGACAUACCUGUUCCCCCGCCAAUGGCUAUUCCUCAGCCUAGCUGCUAAUCUACUAAAUGACAUGGGUCAUUUGUGAAUUUGAUUCGAAAUUCUACCUACAUUCCUAUUCCGUGACACUGGCUCUCGGCCUGCUCACGUGGACCGGUGCGUGCCUCCCCCGCGCCUCCCGCCACUCCUUCCUCCCUGCCUCCCUGCCUCCCUGCCUCCCUGCCUCCCUG